UUGGCUGUUUGCAUCAAUCACUCGGGACUGCUUUGAAUUCAUUUAAUGUAGGGAUUUUGCAGAAAAGUGUAUUGCAUCUGGCUUCAAUCAAUGUAUUUAAUGCAGGAUUCCAGUGAUGAGGUGGCUCUUACCUUGGAUUGUAGCAGCAAUCAGCAUUUGUCAGAUUAUUUCCCAAAACCUCAGCAUCACACCAACAGCCAUGCCACCUGCUCCUGCAACAUCAGAAGCUUAUAUACGGAAACAGUAUUGCAAGUGGCCCUGUGAGUGCCCGGAGCAUCCACCUGUGUGUCCCCCAGGAGUCAGUCUGGUCACAGACGGAUGUGAGUGCUGUAAGACGUGUGCCAAGCAACUGGGAGAAAACUGCACUGAAGCAGAUACAUGCGACAUUCAUAAAGGACUGUACUGUGAUUACAGCAGAGACAGUCCUAGGUACGAAGUAGGAGUGUGCGGACAAAUGACUGGAGUUGGUUGUCUUCUUAAUGGAGUGAGAUAUGUAAAUGGGCAGAGCUUCCAACCUAACUGCAAGUACAACUGCACCUGCCUAAAUGGCGACAUAGGAUGUGUUCCGCUCUGCACAAAUUCGCGCCCACCAUUAGUUUGGUGCCAGCAUCCCAAGCGCAUCAAAAUGGCAGGAGAAUGCUGUGAACGAUGGGUAUGUGAUGAUCUGAAGAGGUUCAGAAAAACAUCUCCUCGACAUAUAGCCUCUUCAGCUUAUGGCGAUGAAAGCGAUUCAUGGCAUAACAACUGUAUAAUACAAACAACGCCAUGGAGUUCUUGCACUAAAACUUGUGGCAUGGGAAUUUCUACGCGGAUAUCUAAUGAUAAUGCAAACUGUAAACUCCAAAAAGAACGUCGUCUGUGCAACAUGAGACCAUGUGAUGUGGACAUAACCAAUCAUAUAAAGCCUGGAAAAAAAUGUUUGGCCGUGUACAGAGAAAAUGAACCAAAGAACUUUACCAUUUCUGGCUGUGUGAGCAAAACUACUUACAGACCUAAGUACUGUGGAGUUUGUACCGAUGACAGAUGCUGCACACCUUACAAGUCAAAGACCAUUCAAGUCAAAUUCAACUGCCCAGAUGGCAGUGAUCUCUCUUGGAACGUUAUGUGGAUCAACGCCUGCUUUUGUAACCUGAGUUGCCGAAAACCUAAUGACAUUUUUGCAGAUCUAGAAAGUUAUCAUGAUUUUACAGAAAUCAUAAACUAAUGAACAAUUUGCUGAAGGUUUCAUUUUAAUGUUUUUACAAUAUGACCUUCUAGUCCACAAAUCCCAUUUCCCAUGGUGUGUUACCUGCAAAUACAGUAACAGCAAUAAUGUUAGCUUGGAGGAAACUUCCCCAGUAUUAUUAUAAUGAUUUACUGCAAGCAAGACAUAUGAAUUAUGAGUUGAUUCCUGGCAAGAUUUUUGCUUUAGAUGAAUUUGCUCUUUAAAACUGAUGGAAUUUUUUUUCCCCAUUAAAAAAGCCUCCAAGAUUGGUGACUAUGCA